AUGAGUUUUGUAGACUCUUCCACGACAUUUGCAUCAUUUAAUUCUAACAGUGCCUAUUAUGGGUUGAAGAGAAUGGUGCGGACAAACUUCCCAAAUAUCAAUCCCAUUCAGAACUACCUGCUGGUUCCUCCUCAGUCAGACUGUGAUGCCAUCGCAAAAAAAUGUAGUGGUGCUACUGGAUGCUACAAUUUGGCGAUUACUGCAUCCCUUCCUAUUCCUGGGAACUAUUCACUCUGCUUAACCGCGAGUGGAUGGCAAGGCUACUACCUGCCGUGGGGUACAAUUCCCCUCGAAGUGAGAGUGCUGGUGCCAAACGAGCUGUAUAUGAACACUCUCGGGAAAAACACACUUUUGCUCCAGGAUGCAGUGACAGGUGCGAAUGUGGCUGACAUGAACAGUGUGUUCCUGGUGAAGUGCCCAUACGGUGGGUGUCCACGAGAGACACUAAACAGUGGUGAUCAGGCAGUGAGUGUUGAUGUGUGUAUUGGGACCGCUGUCACGGAUCGUGUGUACUUCUCUGCUGAUGGUACUCUCAAUUCUACAACAACAGGUGACUACGCUGUCUGCGCGGAUUACGGUGCAGAGGUUGGUAUUUCUCCUGCUGCACUUCCAGUAAGAGUAUUGCACGAUCCCUUUGUUUUCAAUGUCACUGUGAUUACAAACACGUUGGUGACAAUUGAUGUGCGUGGGGGUGAUCUCUUGUCGAGGCAGGAACCAUAUCAAGUGUGUGCGGUGCUGCCGAAUACACCGUGUGAGUCUGUGGCUACUGCUCGAGAUUCUGUGUGUGUGAGGAGUAGCACCCCAAAUUCCCCAUCUGUUGAUGUUGACAUCUUCAGUCUGUACAGUCUGUAUAAACUGGGUGCUGACAAUGUGACCUUUUGCUUUGUUGCAUCUGAUGUGACAUUUAACGGCCGCCGUUAUGUUUGGUCGCAUGAUGUGAGGGAACCUUUUUUGCCGGAGGGUGACUCAGCAGUGGCGUCAAGUUCGAAUAAAUUAUCUGUUGGUGCCAUUGUUGGUAUUGUUAUCGCAGGUGUGGUUGUUCUUGUUAUUGUGGCUGUCAUUCUGUAUUGUGUACUGCGUCAGCGACCACAACAAGAACAACAGCAACCACGGGAAAAAGUGCCGACGGAUGCUGUGCACUCUCAGUCCACAAGUAAAACAACCACAGUGGAGAUUACUGCGAACUCUUUCACAAAUUCUUUUUUUUCUUGUAAUGUUGUUGCUACUGAGUAG